CUCCUCCAUUGUUACAUUGUAACAAGCGGGGCCGGGGCGAACCGGGGUGGAGAGGAGAAAAAGCGUCUUCUCGUUAGAAAAUCUCCAACAAUCUGACACCAAACGAAACAAACCAAUGCGCGUCUUUUUUUCCUCCUAUCUUGUUUUAUUUAAAAAGCGAGAAGACAGCGAAGUGAGCCCAGCCGACCGAGCCCGGUCCCGGUGAGGAAACAGAAAGGGGGGGUUAAAAAAGAAAAGAGAAAAGAAAGAAAAAAGCGAGCACAAGUGUCAGCGGAUUUCUCCAUUGUAAUAAUUUUCAACCUCAUAUUGGGCAGAUAGCUCAUCCGGCUGUGUGCGUUGUUCAUGCUGCACCGGAAAAUGUUGGGAAAUAACCCAAUGACGCCCCUCUUUCUUCCUUUUUUCCUCUCGGCUGUCCUUUAAACACAGAGGUAUGCCACAUUUAAAUAAAAGCAGUCGCUCCUGUCAGGCCACUGUAAUCUUUCGGCGUGCAGAACAAUGAGCUUGCAACCCAUGUAACCUCAUAUAGCUAGCAAGAGACAGAGAAGUAUUGCAAAUUGACAAUCAGCCAGAUCACUUUGUUGCAGGGAUAUCGGUUGUUUUUUUUGGGGGGGUUGCACAUAAAAAGCGUCUCACUGCGCGAUAAAAGAUUGAUGUGCAACUCGGAUUGGAAAGAAAGACGACCUCCGAGGCUGUUGGAUUAAGGGUCCCUCUUUCUGCCCCAGAUAGCAGGUUUCCAUGGAGGCAGGUCCGUCCCUUAGCCUCAAACGAAGAUAUGAAGAGGUGGACAGCGGCUCUCUGUUCUCUACACCUAAGGACUCGGACGAUGACAUCUCCAGCAGUGACAGCGCAGACAGCUGCGACAGCCUCAACCCACCUUCCAGCACCCCGUUCACUCCCACCUCCAUCCUCAGACAGCACAAGCCGUCGCCGGGGGGGAAGCGGGUUCGCUUCGAUGUGGUGACGGUGUACUACUUCCCCCGGCGGCAGGGCUUCACCAGCGUGCCCAGCCAGGGGGGCAGCUCCCUGGGCAUGGCGCGUCACCACUCCUCCAUCAGACACUACACGCUGGGCGAGUUCGCACGCGAACAGGAGAGCAGCCACAGACACACGCUGCGCCAGCACCUGCGUCAGGAGAAGCUCAACACUCGCAAGAUGAAGCUGACGAGGAACGGCACGGUGGAGUGCGCUCAGGCAGACCUGCUAACUCUGGAGGACGUCUCCGACGAGGACCUGGACGUGGACGCCGUCGAGGUGGACGACUGUUUCUUUCUCCAGCCUCUGCCGACGAAGCGCCGCCGAGCCCUGCUGCGAGCCUCCGGGAUCGCGCGCAUCGACGCGCGGGAGAAAACCGAACUGAGAGCCAUCCGCCUCUCCAGGGAGGAAUGUGGCUGCGACUGCCGCUUGUUCUGCGACCCUCGCCACUGCGGCUGCAGCCAGGCCGGCAUUAAGUGCCAGGUGGAUCGCAUGUCUUUUCCAUGCGGCUGCUCCCGGGACGGCUGCGGCAACGCAGUGGGUCGCAUCGAGUUCAACCCCCUGCGUGUCCGAACACACUACCUGCACACCAUAAUGAAGCUGGACGUGGAGAAGAGGACGACGCCCAUAGUGGGACCCGGGGAGCCGUACACUGAAACCGACCCCUUGUCUUCGCCCUCCUCCACUUGCCCCACGUCCCCGACCUUGUCCUCCGGCAUCGGCCUGGACUCGGAGCUGGAGGAGAGCGAGGUGCAGUCGGUGGAAGAGGUCCACGACCUCCUGGUGGAGCAGGACAUCCUGGAGCGGGAAAACGAGACGGCCGUGCUGCACCUGCAGAGCGCCGAGGAGCAGGAGAGGCGGGAGAGGGAGGAGGCGGUGCAGCAGGAGCUGAGCUCUGCUGGGGUCGCGGGGUCACACCCUCUCUGCCUCCUGCCUGAGCAAGACGAAGAAGAAGCAGCUCAAGGUGUUGAUCAGAUCCUCCUGCAGGGACCUUUUCCGACGGGCGCUACCGUUUUGUGCAUCUCUGACUCCCAGGAGGAGAGUCCGUCAGAGCUUCUCAAAGACUCUCUGCUCUACUAUCAGCUCAGCACCAUCGAGCCCGGCGCCUUCGAGACGCUGCCUGCAGCUGAGGGAGACGAGCAGGAUGAGCCUUCGCAUGAUGAGCCUUCACAGGAUGAGCCUUCGCAUGAUGAGCCUUCGCAGAACGAGCCUUCGCAUGAUGAGCCUUCGCAGAGCGCAGGUGGAACUGAGCUCACAGAGAAGAAGCAGGAAGCACUUGGAGAUUUCCAAGGGGACCCGCGUUACGUCAAGGCCAGCGGACAGAUUGUGGGCGGCAGUUUGACCAACAUGCACUUGUGCACAGAUGUGGAGGAGGAGGCGGAGAAGAGUCCCUCAAGUCCGGAUAACAACGUCCCAAAAGAGCAGAACCAGGAGGAGUCCGACUCGGAGAAAGAAGCAGAUCCACUGCCUCCUGAAGUUUAGUAUUAGCGUCUUUGCAGAUAUUUUGCACAAUAGCUUCAUCUAAGAUGAGUAAAUACUACAUAUUCCACAUUUAUUACUGCUAUCCGCCACAUCUACAGGUGUCUUAGGCUACGUUCACACUGCAGCCUGAAGUAGAGGUGCAGAAAAAACCCAGAUUCUAUCGAGAAUCGCAAUCCACAGCCCUGGAAAUAGAUUUUCAGUUUUACGUUUUUGGCCCCCUGCGUAUCGCAUUACAUGUCCUCUCAGCCACCUAAUGUAUUUUUAAUAAGUCUUUGAUAUUUUUCUUAUUUAAAAAAGCCAGGCAGCUAAGCUAACCGAAUACUGGCAAUUUAAGUUACAUAAUUUUAUUUUUCUUUAAAUAUAAAGAAAAGGCGGGAGAGGGAGGAGGCGGUGCAGCAGGAGUUUUAAUGAUAAAACUUGAUACAGUAUGGAACAUUGGAGGAUUGUUGAAAAUAAAGGUUUUACUUGUUUAUACGCUUGUCUCCUAUCAGUCACAUAAGUUAAACAGAAGCUCUAGAAUAUUUAAAUAGAAAAAAUUGUUUACUGAAUCAAAAAUUUAAUUGGAAUUGAAUAUCAAGACAUUGAAAGAUUUACAUCUCUAGCUAAACGUUUCUCAAAUCUGUUUUUUCCCCCUUCUGAUCUGACCUUUUUCUGACAGUCUGAAUUAUCAAAUUUUUACGCUUGGAUAUGUCUUCCUAAAUCCAGUGCAUAUCUAACAUUCUCAAAUGUGAUCUGCGCCUGUCCAGUGUAAUUGAUACUCGAUUGAUAUUUGGAAGCAGGAAGAAAAACAACGGCAUGGCGGAAGAUAAAGCAGAGAGUAAUGCAUGAAGAGAAAGUUGGACAAUUUUACCAUUCAUGUUCACUGUGUUCUCAUUAAAUAAGAAAUACAGUUAAAAUCACUCAGUAAGUUGUUAAAAAACAUAAUCCUGUUGUCUUCUGUGUCGUUUCUGCCAGUAGUAACAUCAGAUUGUUGAUCAUGUGACUUGUGUGAUACAAAAAGGAAAUAUGUUUCCUUUGCAAUUCUGCGAAAUACGCUAACUUUGAUGCGAAAACUACUUCAUCUUAGCACAAAAAGGUUUUCUUCUUGGGUUGUUUUAUAAAUUGGCAAAUUUAUUGUCAUAAUUCCAGUUCGCUCAACAUUUAGGUAAAUAUAAAUGCAACUAGUGAGCGCGCUCACUACUUCAAUACUGCGUCCUCUACUGCGCAUGCCGCACACUGUCAGGUCGUUUGUAGCUCACGCAGGAAAUCGCACAGAAAGUCGCAUAUAUUUGGAAAUGUGAACAACAAAAUGUGAUUUGAGCAUUAAGGCCUGCAGUGUGGACGUAGCUUUCUAGUGAGUAACAGUAAGUUUUUAAGAGCGUCGGAAAACAGGAGCAGAGAUGCUGGAAGCACAUUACGAUCACUCCCAGGGCGUAGCGAGAGAAUGCAGUUACAUAAAAUCAACCUUAGAGGGGAUUCUGCUGGGGGUGAUGAAUGCGGCCUUAUUUGGGAACCAUUAACUCAGCUACAGAAACACAGAGUGCAAAUGCUGACUAAAGCCUUUUUGUUGGCUUGAUGUAUAAAGCUAUCAACGCUGAACACAAACUGCUAAUUGUGUGCAAGAUGCCGGCGUACCUGCUGGCUCUUUUCUCGUCAAACCUGAUGCUGUAGUCGAGCCAAAUGAAGGCGUCUGAUCGCUCCCUCUGCUAACUACACCGAAUGAUCCUGGAAAUACUUGUUUUCUUUUUUGCGUACUGUACACGCAGCAUUCGCAACAUGCUGGAGAGCUGCUGUUUUUUUUAAUUUUUUGUUUUGGUCUGUGUGCACAUUGUGAAGUGAAAGCAGCACCAGCUUCGCCGCUCCGAGAUAUGAAGGAAGAACCAAGACGGCAGCGGAUUAGCACUGGCCUUAGUUGUUACUAUCGCUUACUUUCAGACUGCUGGCACAAUUGCAGUCAAAGGGACGAGGAGAAAAGGUCACUUAUAGCUAAUUUACAGACAUUAUUUCUUGAAUUAAUGUGUCUUUUGUGAAUUAGAUGCUGUUCAGUCCUUGCAGUCUGUUUGGGAAUGAAAGGAAACGUUUUUUCUUUCACAGUGCCACAUUGUUACGCCAUAAUCAGUCAUAUGUUGUGAUAAAAUGCCAGAACAGAACUUCUUAGUCAAUUCAAUGCUUGUUUUUUGUGUAAAGAAGUGCUGAUUAUAAAUCGAGCCAAAUUAGAGUGCCUUGGAAACUAAUUUGUUCCCCUGCAACCUUUAAAAAAAAAUAAAAAAUCACAUUACAACCACAAAUUUAAGCCAGUUUUCUUGGUGGACUAAGAAAUAUUAGCGCAUAUUUGCAAAAUUGAAGAAAAAACAAAAAAGACAGUUUUUGGGAUUUCUUUUACAGAUAUGAAUCUGAAAAGUGUGGAGUGCUUUUGUAUUUUCUGACUUAAAAUUAUAACAACCUCAGAUUGGACGGAGAACACUUGCCACAGAUUCUCAGUAGGAAUAAGGUCUGGACUUUGACUAGGCCAUUCUAACACAUCAAUAUGCUGUAAAUGUAAGCAUUCUACUGAAUCACUGGUUGGAUAUUUAAGCUCGUAAUCCCGCUGGAAAGUGAACCUCCAUCUUAAUCUCAAUUAUUUUGCAGCAUUUAUUAUUUUUUCUUAUGAUAGUCCUGUAUUUGUCUCCAUAUUUUUCCCCAUCAACACUAACAAGCUCAUUUUUUUUAAUGACUACUGCCUUCUAUAGUUGAUCAUGAGAUGUAAAGGGAAAACUCAGAUUGCAGUUUUGAGUUUUGCAUAUAAUUUUGAUCUGAACUGAACACACACCACUGGUUUUUGGUAACUGGCCUGUAGUUAUAAAGCGUUUUAUCAAGUCUGGACGACCUCAAAACGCUUCUCACUCCAUUCACACGCUGAUGGUGGUGAGCUGCAUUUUGUCUGUUGUCUUCCUUGGUCUUCAUGAUGCUCUUUGUUUAAUAAUGCCCUCCAACACGCCUCUGGAGGUGCAACAUAAUAAUAAUUUAAUAAUUGAUUAUUCUUGCAAUUUCUGUGAUGAUUAAUCAAUUAAUUGCGUAAAAAAAUUGACACAUUCUACAGAUUUUUCAUUUAAACAUUUAAGUAGGGUUGUAACGAUUCGUCAAACGAUUCGAGUACCUUGAUUGUUUAAAUUCCUCAAGGCAAAUUAUCUGCCCUCGUUAAAAUGUUUUAAUAUUUAGCACCACAAUGAUUAUUUGUGUUGCGCAAUGUUGUUGAUGAAUGCUAAGCGCUGUUAGCAUAACAAAGGGUGACCUGCUGUUUUCUUAUUUUUAUAAAUAAAUUUAAUAUGAUUUCUCAUUUUUCGUAAUUUUUGUCCCUGUUGACUUCAAAAGUGAGCUAUUGUUGUUACAGCUUAACAAAAAUAGCUCAGAAAAUCUACAGAAAAAUAAUGUAGAGAUGCAUGGAUAUGAAAAGUUUGGCUAAUAUUGAUGUCCAAUAUUAACACCACUGCUAUGGCAGUAUUUACAGAUAUUUGUUUUAUUUGUAAAAAUGGUCUAUGUGAUUACUAAAAUAAUAAUUUUACAACAGCCCUACAUUUUAUGCUUUUUUAUGUACAAUGUCAAAUAUACAUUAAAGUAUGAAUAUAAGGAAAUAAUUCACUCCCUGUUUAAAAUAAGAAAAUAAACAUUUUAUAGCCUACGAGGCAAUAAAAGGACUUUCCUUUUGUGAAUCUGAAACUAUGCCACUAUGGCUAAAACAAAUUAACAUCUUAAGGUGUUUUUAUCUUAAAUAUGAAAUGGAAAUAUUUUUCAUGCAGUUAAUUAGUGCUCCAAAUUUUUCAGCAAACAGCCUUUUUUUGAGUCUGUAUACUCUGAAUGGCGAUUAAUUGAUUACUAAAUUAGUUGACGAUCAUUUAAUUAAUCGAUUAAUUGUUCCAGACGUCAUUAGUUGAUUUCUGAGGCCAGUUGGUAGCACUGGAUUUUAUUUAGGGGUGUCAGUGUGAAUUCAAAAUCAUGUAACAUGGCAAAAUAUGAAAAAGUUCAAGGGGUAUAAAUAAGUUUACAGGGCACUUCAAAAAUAAUAAACAAGCAUUUGAGUUCAUUGCAAUCUGCAGCAUGUGCAGCUAAAAGUACUUACACCAAUCAAUGUGAUGUUAAUAAUUAUGAAUCAGACUUACUGCUUGAUUUUGUGUGUGUGAAAUGUGUUUGUGUAUUAACCUACUUUACUGUCGUACGUCCAUGUCGGUGAGAAAGUUGCGUUUCAAUCUGUGUGCAUGCAUGCGUGGAUGCAAUGUAGACUGUAUUAGACCUGGAACUUUAGAAAGAAUGCGUAUUUUAAACCUAAAAGGUGCUGAUGUUAUAGAUUUACAACUUACCCUUGUGAACCAUUAGGAGGAAUGAUUUCAUGGAGAUGUUUCUCGCUGAUUGAUCCUGAACUAAAAGGACUGGAAAGCCUCCUGUAGAAAUGCAAUAGCUCCCGUACUGCAAAUUCUAAAUGUGCUGACGGUAAGAUGAGGCGUUUUUUUUUUUUGUCACCAAGUGUGUAAACGCAGUCGUGUAACUUUAUUUUUUAUUUUUUGGGUUUCUUUUCUUUAAGCUCUGUCUGAAGAACGCAGAGCUGCGGAAGUGAGCCGGCAGCUCUUACACAAAAUCUGUCCUUUGUUCUGGUGCCUGAAAUUCCCACAGUUGCUUUGGGCAACGGCUCGCCUAACACAGGAUGUGCUGCUGUGUAUAAGUUGUCUGAUGUGUUUCUUUAGCCUUUUUGUAUUGUCUUUAUAUAAUCCUGUAUAAGAGCUGCAACAAGGCAGUGGUUUCAGACCUAAUUAAACGACGCUGUCAUCCAUCAGUCUUUUAACAAAGCAGUCUCCUGUAGUUGUUGUGAGGCUGCAGAUUUAUCGUGGCUCUUCUGUGCUCGCGUGACUUGCCUUGACAUGAUACCAUGUUUGAAGUAAUGAUGAUUGCAGGCUGAGUAUUGUUGAGCUUUUGUCUUUGGCUUUCUGCUAAUAGAUUUAGGUUUGCGACCACUGUACCAAAUUAACUCUAGCGCUCUCUGUGUUUGUGUGUUUAACUGUAUGAAAGGGGUGAGCGAUUGUUGAGAAGACUGAUGAUUCACCUAAAAGCUGUGAGAACGGGACUCUCAUGCUACUUGUUGCCUAAAAUGGAAAAACAGAAGUUUUUAUACAAAAAUAAAAACAAUAAAGU